AUGGAAUCCAACAAAGCGAUUGACGCAAUUCGUCAGGAACGAAUGAUGACGCUCGAGCAAAAAAUUCGAGAUCCCACAGGGUUCGCUAACAUAGAUUGUCUCUUGGACACCGUAACAGCUCUCGUUGCAGACUGCGAUCACGACAGUGUAAAGAUCAUAAAGAAUAUUGAAAUAUUCAUUAAAAGAUACAAGGAUGUCGUGCGUGAAAUAAGCAGUCUUCGCAUGAAACCUGAGGAUUUUACGCCAAUUAAACUAAUCGGGCGCGGUUCGUUCGGUGAGGUACAUCUUGUACGUCAUAAGAGCUCCAAACAGGUGUACGCGAUGAAGCGUUUGUCAAAAUGUGGUAUGAUUACGCGUUCCGACACCGCAUUCUUCUGGGAGGAGCGCUAUAUCAUGACUCAUGCCAAUUCCGAAUGGAUAGUUCAGCUACAUUACGCGUUUCAAGACAACAAGUAUCUUUACAUGGUGAUGGACUACAUGCCGGGCGGCGAUAUCGUAUGUUUGAUGAAUAUGUACGAAAUCCCGGAAAAGUGGGCACUUUUCUACACCAUGGAGGUAGUAUUGGCACUGGAUACCAUUCAUGGUAUGGGGUUCAUACAUCGGGAUGUUAAACCAGACAACAUGCUGCUCGAUAAGUACGGUCACCUGAAGUUAGCCGACUUUGGAACGUGCAUGAGGAUGGGUGAGGACGGAUUAGUUCAUUCAUCGAAUGCAGUCGGCACGCCCGACUAUAUAAGUCCGGAGGUGCUGCUCUUCCAAGGCGAUAAGGGUGGCUACGGACGGGAGUGCGAUUGGUGGUCGGUCGGCAUCUUUCUAUAUGAAAUCCUGAUCGGCGACACCCCAUUCUAUUCGGAUAGUUUGGCUGGCACAUACGGGAAGAUAAUGGACCACAAAAAUACACUGCACUUUCCUGAUGACACAGUGAUCAGCGAGAAUGCAAAAUCUCUCAUCAAAGGCUUCCUAACAGAUCGCACAACGCGCCUUGGCCGUCAAAGUAUCGAGGAGAUAAAAUCUCACCCAUUCUUCGUUAACGAUACUUGGAUGUUUGACAAUGUUCGGCAAUCUGUGCCACCCGUUGUACCGGAAUUAACUAGUGACGAUGACACCCGUAACUUCGAGGAAGUGGAUCGCAAGAACAGCGCCGAGGUAACCUUUCCAACGCCUACCACCUUUGUCGGUAACAACCUUCCGUUCAUCGGCUUUACCUAUACGAGCGACUACCAAUUGCUUGCGAACGGAAUCGUCGCACAGCAACAGGACACAACCGACAAUACGGAGGAUGCCCAAGCCGAAAAAGGUAGCAUCCAUCAUCAACACCGACACCGACCUUCCAACAGUGGCGAGUUAUUGCGGCUGGAGAAUAUGUUGCAGCGCGAAAAGCAUACUGUUGAGAUGUUGGAGAAACAAGAGCGUACACUACGCCAGCAGAUUGAAGUAAUUACGAAACGUGAAUCCGACAUCCAGACUCUUGCCAAUAAUUACGAGCGAGAGUUGACUGUGUUGAAACACAACUUUCGCGAAGUACAGCGUAAGAUGGACAGCGAACAGGAGGCGCGCAAAAAAACUGAGAGUGUACUACUCGAAACGAAUAAACGGUUAUCGGAGGAAAAGAAUCGACGUUCGCAAGAACUGAAUAACAGCCAUCAGUACAAUGAUCGAAUCAAUGCCCUUGAAAAGCAACUGGCAGACUGUCAAGAAAAAUACAAGAGUGAGGCUGAUGGUGGACAAAAGCUGAAGAAACAAUUAGCUGAACUACGACUAGUGACUAGCGGUGCGGAACAAAAAGUGCAUGAUCAGCAAACAGUCCUGGUAGGGUUGCAGACGAUGCGAGACAUGCUACAACAAGAGGUCGCCGAGUUACAGGGACAACUGUCACAAGAACGUAACUCGCGCCUCCAGCGGCUGGAGUUACAAAAAGAGAUGGAGGCGAAAGUUCAGUCACUGUGCACUGACAUGGAACGAAUGGCUAUGCGUGAACAAGAAGCGUUUGCCGACAACCGGACGCUCCAUGAUAAAAUUGCACAGCUCGAGAAAGAGAAUGCAUCUAUCGAAUGCGAGCUGAGAGCGGUCCAAAAUCACUAUCAGCAGGAAGUGAAGGCCCACCAGGAGACAGCCAAAGCGCGCCUUUUGAACAACGAGGAAGCCAAUAUGCAGGAGGUGAAAGCUCUUCAAACCAAGUUAACUGAGGAAAAGUUGGCACGUCAAAAGGCAGAGCAAAAUUCACAAGAAAAAGAGCGUCAGCUCUCAAUGCUAUCGGUGGACUACCGACGAAUACAGCAGCGCUUACAGAAGUUAGAAGGAGAAUACCGACAGGAAACCGAAAAGGUGCUUACCUUGAACACCCAGUUCGAGCAAGAGCAAUGCAAAAAGAAUUGCCUAUUGUCACAGAUGAGCUUGCAAAGCUCGGAGGUGGCUCACCUGAAAUCAAAAGAGGUUCAGUUGCAGAAAGAAGUGCAUAUGCUGCGUGAAGUGCGUAAAGUAUUGGAAGAUGAAGUGGCGACGGUAAAGAAACAACACAACACCGAUAUCCUUCAGAUGAAAGAGGUUCAGGAUCAGCUCGAAGUGGAACAGUACUUCUCCAAACUGUACAAGACACAGUGCAACGAGGUUCGGGAGGAAAUGAAAGAGCGUGUACGUCAACAGGAGAAACUAGAAGAGGAUCGUGUGGCCAUCCAUCAUCAGCUACAAUUGGCGAAUGCACGUGCCGAUAGCGAGGCACUCGCACGUUCAAUUGCUGAGGAGACGGUUGCUGACCUCGAAAAGGAAAAAACAAUGAAGGAGCUCGAGUUGAAGGACAUCCUUACCAGCCACCGGAACGAGAUGCUUACCAAAGAUGCAGCACUCGCUACACUAAAGGAUGCAGAGGCAGAGCUAAACAAAAAUCUGACUAAAAAGUCGUACGAAUUGGACGAUUUGGUACAGCAGUGUAAAAAGCUGCAGGAUGAACAGUACGUGCUAAAGAUAGAGCAGGGCGAGCUCGAAAAGUGCCGCGCGAAGUUGUUGAACGAAACGAUGCUGAAGCAACAGGCGGUGAACAAGUUGGCGGAGAUCAUGAACCGCAAAGACAACAAUCUUACCGGAAAACAGAAAAUGAAGGUCAAUUCAACCGCUGAACUACGGAAGAAGGAGAAGGAAAACAAGAGGCUGCAGCAGGAGUUGUCAGUGGAGCGUGCUAAGUUCGACGAACAGGUUCAGAAACAUAAUGAAACAAUCAGUCAGCUGUCGCGCGAAAUCGACAUAAAAACUAAACUGCAGAUGGAGAUCGAUUGUAAAGCGACAGAAAUUGAGCAUUUACAAAUUAAGCUUAUCGAGACGGCAUCACUGUCGUCGAUUGACAACGAUACAUUAGAGGAAAAUCAGGACUCGAUCUUCGAGGGUUGGCUGAGCGUACCUAACAAGCAGAACAUCAAACGAUAUGGUUGGAAGCGACAGUUUGUGGUCGUUUCACCAAAGCGAAUAAUUUUCUACAGCUCCGAAGUAGACAAACAGAAUACAAGCGAUCCGUUGCUGAUAAUCGAUCUCAGCAAAGUGUUCCACGUGCGAUCCGUAACACAGGGUGACGUUAUACGGGCUGAUCCGAAAGAAAUACCAAGAAUCUUUCAGCUGUUGUACGCUGGCGAAGGAGAAGCGCGUCGCCCCGACGAGCAGCAACAGCUCGACGUUAGCACGAUAUCGUCGCGCAGCGACGAAAAACCCUUAACUAUGCAGUACAAAGGUCACGAGUUCCUGCAAAUCAGUUACCAUAUUCCAACCACAUGUGAUCAUCCUUCGUGCCAAAAGACACUCUGGCAUGUUUUCAAAUCGUUGCCGGCCUACGAAUGCAAGCGGUGCCGAUUGAAGUUGCACAAGGAGCACGUUGACAAUAACAACCCACUGGCGCCAUGCAAGUUGCACCAUGAUCCGAACUACGCCCGCGAAAUGCUACUGCUUGCGUCCUCUACUGAGGAUCAGUGUCGGUGGGUGUCGCGGCUGUCGAAGCGGAUUCAGAAAAGUGGAUACAAAGCGAAUUCAACGAGCAACAUAGGGAGUGGCGGUAGUGGAGUCAUUAAUACGAUUGCCGGAGGGGCCGUAGUUGGCGCCGGUGAUUCUACGAAGGUGUCACCAAGCCAAUCUACGCGUUCGAACUACAAGCCUACUUCGACCGUCAACGUACAACGCUCCGCCACAUUGCCAACAAACGCAUCGCUCAAACCAACGCAAUCAUAAUUCGAAAUUUGUUGUUUGUUUUUAAAUUUUGUUUCGCUGGCGUGCAAUACAAAACAAAUUUGAGAGUAAAUUGAAAGAUGCUGCUGCUCAAC